AUGAUACGUAGCACGAGCGUCAAGGCUAAAAAGAAACGCGACCCGGACCUGUCUCGUGACAGAUUCAUCGACAAGACGUACGUCAAAGAUGGCAGCAACAUAGCAGACUACGUAAAAGCGCCCUUUGAAAAUUCCAAGAAUCCGUUAGCAUCGUACCUGAGCCUCAGAUUCGCCGAAAAGGAUGGGUUCCUAAAAGAGUUGGAGAAAGCCUCGCCUGAAGAUUGGGACCGUGUCAAUCAUGAGAUUGGGCGCAUUCAGUCCGACCGCCAAAAGUUUUCGGACGAUUUCACCAAGAAGCGCUUGAAUGAUGAGCUACAGCAAUCUUAUUCCAACUGGAAAAAAACAGUAUUCAAUGCAGCCGAGCUUCGUCAAAUCGGCCUCGACCGCGAGAAGCAAGUGAAAAAGCUACCUGCCAGUGAGGCAAGUACGCGCGAGCUGCGUACUUGGGACUCUAAACAUCUCAAACAACUCAAGGACGUGGUCGAUGGAGAGAACCCCAGCCCUGACUUGGGGCAUGCCAGCCGAAGCUUUUCGGCUUCUCGCCAUCUGCCACCGCAGCCCCGCGCCUAUGACCCGUACCACGGAUUCCGAGCUGGAGUCAUGUACUUCAAGAAACUUGCCGAUGGAAGUCUCGAGGGCUUUGAUUCCAAUAAUGAAAAGUACAAAGACACCAGGUUUCCCAACCAGAAGAUAGCGCUGAAGGAUAUUUUGGACGACCCGAACAAGAACCCUCUCUCAGAAGAACGACCUGACGAUGAGGUCCGAUAUUUCCACUUCCCAAGCAAUAAUAUGGAGUGGAUUGAGAAAGCUAUCAAGCAGUAUUAUAGUCGACGGAAUAUUUCGAAUAGUUCCUCAAAAGACUGUGACAGAGUAUUGAGCCGAGAAUACUGGACUGGUCAGAUGCAUGGGGGUGGUCCCGUCGGUCAUACCAGCGACUUCCGCCGAACAGCUCCGGUACACUCGAGGCAUAUGAGAUCAAAAUGCUCACUGAUUCCACGAGAGGCUCGACCAAGGUUCAGAACAAGUCAGUCAACAGACCAUAUUCCAACCAGCUCAGGCCCACAAAGGGCGCCGCAACGGGCCAUCUCAGUCGGCGUUCCUCUCGGAGAAAAGAACGUGGCAAUUUUCCUACCAUACCUGCACUGGGAAACCAGCAGUCGUCGAGCGCAAAUGGUAAAAGUCAUCAACGAAGCCAUAGGUACCAACUCUAAGGCAAGCCGAAGGGAAUUUCGCUUGCCUCAAGCUGUUGAAGAAGUAAUGAAGAUGAAAAGAUCAAAGAAUGGAACAAGCAUCAAGAAUAAAGUGCCCAGGGUGAGGCGCAAGCAAUAUCUAGCAAGAUAUCUGUUCGCAGUUGCGCGAAUGGCAGAGGAGAUUGAUCAUGCCGCAGACGAAAAACUGUUGAGACACAAGGUCAACAACCAUUCACCUUUGCAUGUUCGUCGAACACUUGAUCAAUAUUACUUCCUCACAUUAGACAACACCUCAGAAAGAGAUAGGGAUCAAGUUGUGUAUCGAGGAACUCGAUCACUCAGCUUGACUACUCGUGUUGUGAUGGUUGAUCAGCUGUGGAUGUGGAUUCUAGAUGACAACACCAUAAUCACAUCAUUUCCCCGGAGAUGGGGAAGAAACAAGCCCGAUCCGUCAGGAGUUCACAAGAGUCUGAGGAUACGGCUAGGUCAGAGAACGGAGGUGAUCAAGUCUAUACAUCAUCUUGCUAUGAUAAUCAUGGAUCAAUGUUCACGAGUCUUCUUUGACCGAACACGCCCUCUAGAUCAGCGCCCCGAGGUUAUGGACUUGUUUGCAGAAGCAAUCGGCACUGUGACAGAAAGGACCAGGAUUGCAUAUAAUCAUUUCUGGAGAUUUCUCUGGCAGGAGCAACACUACAGAGGACAGUUGAAGGUCAAUGUCGAGGGCGUAGUCUUCAAGGAAGCACAAGACAUUGCCGAAGAGCUCAUGAUCAUGAAGCGAGUCUAUUGCGAGCAACUCAAAGUUGCAAAGGAUUUCAUGCGGCAUCUGACCCACACACAUGGAAGACAUGCAGCCAAGUUGGGCGAUGCACUUCUCAUCAACAAGUUCAUAUCCGAGCUCAAGAAGACAAUGGCCAAGGACACCGAGGAUGAAGAUGACGAAACUCUGGAAUUGGCAACACGGAUCGAUGAGGAGUCUGUUCAUGAAGCUCAUGACUUGAUUGAAACACUACAGGCUCGUCUCGGAGAGAUUGCAGACCUUGAAGAAGCGGCCCUGAGGGCCUGCACUCAGCUCGAAGGUUUUCUAUCGCUCAAACAACAGCAGGCAUCGAUUAUCGAUGCGAGGUCAGCUCUAGAUAUGGCUAAAGAGAGCUACAAGCAAGGGCGUACCAUCCAAGCAUUCACCAUUGUUACCAUUAUUUUUCUUCCUUUGAGCUUCAUUGCAGCAUUCUUUGGCAUGAAUAACAUCGAAAUCAACAACGCGCCGUGGAUGAGUCUAUGGCAGCAAAUCAAAUGGAUGUUCGGGGGCACCGCCGUCGUCAUCUUCAUUUCCAUUUCCUUAGCCUUUGGCAGCUGGGUCCGUGUCCUGGCUGUUUGGCUUCGCGGCGUGGCUACUUGGAUUCGCGCAGUCCUGCGACUUGCUUUCCAAGUUUCACGGGCAAAACUCUUUCAAGACACAGAGAUUACAAUCUUGCAUGGCUGGUGGGGAAAUAGCGUGUUCAAUAGCAAGAACAUUGAUUCGAAACGCGAGAUCCUUCUGGCAGAUAUCGCCUUAAAAAGGAGACAGAAAAUCUAUAACCGUGCACAGCGGAUGAUGGAUAUUGUGGAAGAAGAAGAAGAAGAAGAAGAAGAAAGAAAUCUGUCGCAAAGAUUAUCAGAAUUCAAUGCUCGAAGGCGCCUUCCAGAACGACACGGGCGCCAUAUAGCAGACGACCCAGACCCGAGCUACAAGGGAAUCCUACAGCACAUGACGCGAGUGCGGUUUGCAAGGAAAGAGGAUGGUACGGCAGACACUAAUGUCUAA